AUGGAAAAUGAUAAUCUGCUGUACGGCGAUCUCUAUCACCUUGCUACACGUAUGCAUGCGUGUAAUGUUUCGAUAGCCAUCGCACGAGCUAGUGUUAAUCAAGCCGUGACAUCUUUUGUAUUUAUACGAAAUAGCAAAGCGAUUGAGCAUUUUGCAAAAUGGAUUGUGAAUGUCUUUGCAAUGGGACGCGAAAAAGCUAUUCAAUAUCUAAAUACACGAAUGAUUAAUGAUAUGACACUUGGAGCACGCUAUUUACGUUUAUUUGCUGCAUUUCCUGAGCAGUCCAUCAGAACUGGAGUGUUUGAGCUGCCUACGUGGUUCUAUUCUGAUAAUGAAAGCUGCUGUCUUUGCCAUGGGCCUAGUCGAACACCGAUAAUUUUUGAUGCCUGUGUUUUGGGACAAUACUUUGGAGGAACCUAUGCAGCACCGAAUACACCACAUUGGGAGAAAAAUCGUUUAAUAGAUCCAAGAGGUCUUGCCCUGGAAUGGCGAUCCAGCCCAUUGAAAAACCUUAAACUUCCUUACAUCAAAGGAAUACAAAUUAUCAAUCUCCAUAUUCAUUCAAAGAGACUACAGAAAUUUUCGUCUGCAGGAAAUAAUCAGAGUAAAGGUUUCUAA